AAUAUUUUUUGCUCAGUUACGUAUCAUGGCAGUUGAAGUUGAAAAUUCGCUGGAAGUCUCGUGGAAUGUUGGAGACGAAGACGCGGACCAUAAACGUAGUACGGAGUCCGACACGCAGUGGUUGCCGAGCAUCACGGAGAACGGGAUUCGCCUCGGGACGCCCGUUGCGCGCGAGGCGGCCAAGUCAUUCUGGAGCAUGGCCAUGCUAAAGACGAGCCUCAACCGAAUGGCUUUCUACGCAGACUGCGAGAACCAGGGAAGCCUCGGGAGUCCGGACUCCGGUUUCCACAGCUCCCGCGCGACGCCCACGCUACCGCAGCUAGCGAGCAGCACCGCGAGUUCCUCCGCUUCGUCCUCGCCACAAUCCGUAACGAGAUACGGUCGGAGAACGCCGCCCGUCGUCGACGCGGACUCGGACGACGAGUCCGCUUUUCUCGGCCCACCGUUUCUACGCUCUGUGAGCGAAUCACCUCUACUGAUGGCGAGACGGCAGAGGGAAGCUAUUGCAUCGUCCACUCCUACCCCACACAGCAACCCCAGCACCGUGUCCCUGACUUCUUCCUCAAAAACCAUCUCACCUUCCCACUCAUCACAGACACUGCUCCCAAGAAGAAGAUUAGCAGUUCAUCGCAGUCACUCGGCUAACCAUUUGGGUAGAGAGCUAAAACUGCCUCAAAGGGAAAUGAAAUUGGCACGGUCGGACACCUGCUUGAAGAGUAAUUCAUCGCUAAAUACUGAACUACAUCAUAUAAGCAACUUUCUCUUGAACUAAAGAUUCCACCGACCCCACAAAAUCAAUUUUUGUGUUUCCCCCAUUAUUUUGUGUUCGGCCCUUACACUUUUUACUCUUGUAUGCAUAUACAUCUCAAAAUUUUUUGAUCGAUAUUAGCAGGUGUGAAUGGUAAAAUAAAUUGCACGUGGG